AUGAUGCUUGGCAGUAGGUUCGGAGUAAGGUCUGCCCUGCGCAGAGCUAUUCAGGUGAAACCCAAAAUCAAGAUCCCAGCAAGAGCUCUGAACACAUUUGCCUCCUCCGCAUCAAAAUACAGCACAUGGCAGAGGUGGGCAUAUACCGCUGGAGCUUUCGGAGCUCUUUCUCUUGGUCUCUAUUAUUUAUACUGGCCACGGCAUACAUUCCCGCAAUCAGUUGCCAAAAUAUUGAGAAAGGCACUAUGGGAGGAGAGCGACAAGAAAGACCACGAUUAUCAAUGUGCGCUGAAAUUCUACCUACAAGCAAUUGGCGAGUGCGACAAGCUUUCGAUGGAUAGAGUGAGCGAUGAGUAUACGGGUAUUGAGCUAAAAAUAGCCGAAAUGUAUGAAAGGCUAAACAUGAAUGACGAGGCUCAUGACCUGUACCUAGAAAUGCUUUACAGAUACUUCGACGCUCUGCACACGCCAGGACGGAUUCCAGAUGACAAAAGGCCGCAUCUCAUCCAGAAGGACCUCAGAAUACUGAUCAAGUCGCUUGAAAUAAACAAAGACAUCCAAGUUGGAAAAAGGAAUCUUUUAGCCCAUUUACUUCUGGCUCAAGAGGAAGUGUUGAGCAGAUCUCCCGAACUCAAAGAGUAUUUUGACAAGCGUAAAGAGCGGACAACAAAACUUUUUCAAGGAAAGCUAGACGAUGAAGGGGUGGACUUUGAUAACUUCCUUAGCGAAGAUAACAUCAAGCUAAACGAUGAAUCCUACUUAAUUGUGAACUUGGCGAAAAACAGCAGUGCGUGGGAGCCUUUUAAAGAAGAGUUUUUUACUGCUAGAGACUUGUACACUGCCUACUGUCUUUCAACUAAAGAUAUUAGCUCCGCUCUGAGCUGCAAACUAACCACCGUUGAAUGGAUGGUUAUGGCCGAUAUGCCACCAGGGCAAAUCCUUCUUUCUCAAGCAAACCUUGGCUCAUUACUUUACUUACAAGCAGAAACUUUUGAAACAAAAAUCCAUCAGCUUAAUAAGAGGCGCGAGCAAGACAAGUCUAAAGCAGAAGAUGAAACAAUGAUUAGAGCGCUGAGACAAUUGAACAGGAACAAAGACACAUGCUUCAAAAUGGCCACACAAUGCUAUGAUAGUGUUAUUAAAUUUUCCAGAAAGAACAAGAAAUUAAGGUUCAACGUCAAAGAUUUCAUGGAUCCGUCAGCUGCGCACGCAAUAGCUCUCUCUGUGUAUGGGAUGGGGGUUAUUCACUUGCAUAAGCACAAUCUUGCCAAAGCCGAAAGGCUUUUAAAUGAUUCCAUCAACAUGGCGGAAGAAACAGGCUUCCAUGAACUGCUCAAAGAAGCAAAACAGGAGCUGAAGAAAGUUGCGAAGGCAAGCCAAGUAGACGCUAUCAAACUGGAGGAUAGAGACUCAAGCGCUUCUGACACUGUUUAA